AUGACCGAGUUACAAAUACAAGGACAUACGCCAAUGGAGGGCAUUGAGACUGUGGAUGUGAGCUGGCUUCAUCAUUCACAAAAAGAUUAUAUCUCCCGUUCCAAGUCAGUGAACGAUAAACCAGGCGCCGAUCAGGAUCCGCCAACCACACUGAGGCGAAAACCAUCCACGUCAGAGAAGAACACCAUUUCCAAUGGCCAUCACCCACAGCCUCCGUCGCCAAAAUCUGCUUUUCCAGAAUACAAAGAAACUCCAAAUGGCGACACUCCUCAGACUGGAGGGGCACCGAAAGCCAAUGACACAAACACGCCUCAGAAGUCUGGGAGCAAGCCGAUUUCAAUCAGGCGAAAUUCGUGGAUUUCAAACCUAAGCUCGAAAUUCUCCUCUGGAUCGACACCCCCUUCCCAGUCGAACACCAAAGGAUCCCAGCCAAGCCCGAAGACAGCAAACUUCGACCCACCAAAUCCAUUUGGAGCAGCGUAUUCCCCCAGGGACAAAGAGGAGGAGAAGAAAGAUGAAAGCAACCCGUUCACCUCAUCCUCUCCUAGAGGUUCAUCGUUUCUCUCAAAUGCUUUUCGCAAGCUUUCCUCGUCUGGGAGUUCUGGACUGGGCAAGGCGCCCUCGAAUGGAGUUAUCUGCGAACGCCGUGUGAUGAACAUUGAUCGAAAUCGUGAUCGGUGUAAGGUGCCAGACUUGGACCAGGGAAAGCUGCGCCGUGUCGCCUUUUGCGUGGAUGUUGAGAUCGCAGGGAUAUCGCGAAGGGAGUCUGAAGACGACGAUGCCGCUCCGAGCAACGCGCGACGAUUAUUCUCCGAUUCGAACAGUUCGAAGUCCAAGAAGUCGAGCCAGAAGUUGAAAGAUAAGAGUGAAGCCGCUGCGUUGAAAACCCCUGAAGCUGCAGCAGUCGAUAAGGAGAAGCAGGAUCAGGCCCAAACGAACAAUACCCCGUCGGAUUCUGCAUCGGGUGAGCGUAAAGCAGCGGAGGGCGAGGUCAAAGAACCUUCGCGGAAACAGGAGAAGAAGAAGCGCUCGGAAGAGGAAAGACGGGAGCGCAGAGAGCGCAGACGAAGGCAAGCCGUGGCGAACGGCUCAAUUCCCUUGCAGCUGAAUGCUGAUGAUGAGUCCAGCGCUCCAUCGCAGUCCCACCCGACGACUGAUCCUGUGCGUAUCUACCGUCGCUGCUGUCAGCUGCGUGAAAGCCCCGUCCUGAAGAGGAUAGUCGACGAGAUCUCCUCUCCCUCGUCCACUCUGGUGGAGUCACCUGGAACAGUGGCUGCCCUCGAACUCAAGAGUUUCCCGAUGACCUCGGAAGACAUCGCCACGUUCUGCGACUGGCUAGCUGUCGUACCUGUCCGUAAACUUAUACUCGAGGACUGUGGUUUGACAGAUGAUUCGAUCCGUGCUAUUCUUUCAGCGCUGCUGUCAACCAAGACCGUUGAACAGAUGCAGCACAGACGAGGGCGACCCGGAAAGGCUAAAUCGCAGACAGUCACAAGCGAAGAGAGAGUUAGUGUCGUGGAGAAGCUUUCACUGAAGGAUAACCCGAAAAUUGGGCCAGAGGGGUGGCGCUACAUCUGCCUGUUCAUCCACCUUUCUAAGUCUCUGAAGGCUAUCGAUCUCUCGGGUAUUCCGUUCCCCAAGGCAUCUGUUACCGCGACCGUUCCUGCGGACGCAGGAUCUGCGGCUACCGAGCUCUCCACCGUAUUCGCAAGAUCGCUGGCGGAGCGUUUCGGGGGCGAUCAUCUCGAAGAGUUGUUGAUUAGCGAAUGCAGACCCGCUACGGAUGAUGUGCGCAAAAUCUGCGACGCCGCCAUUGCUAUUGGCCUGAAGAGGCUUGGAUUUGCCAACAAUAACCUGACCAAGGAGGGUUUGGAACACGUCGUUCGGUAUGUCAAGACCGGUAAAUGUGAGGGUCUUGACCUCGGAGGCAAUCCUAUCCAGGAUCAUCUCGACUUGCUUAAUACAGCCAUGGAAAAGGACCACCCACUUUAUGCUCUGAGCUUGGCAGACUGCUCUCUGACGCCUUCCGUGCUUUAUCCGUUGUUCCAAGGAUUAACACGUCUGUCGAACCUACGCUUUAUCGACUUCUCCCAUAACCCGGGUCUCUUCUCUGCUCAACCGGACGCAUUAGCUAUAUUCAGACGAUUCCUCCCGAAAAUGACUUCUCUCAAGCGCAUUCAUCUUGCAGAUGUCAAUCUCUCUGCGGACCACGCCAUCGCGCUCGCCGAAGUUCUUCCUGAUAGCCCAAGCCUGUGCCAUUUGAACAUCUUGGAAAACCCAGCUAUAUCUGCGCUUGCCUCUUCGACCGAUGCCCGCGGCCAGGAAGAGGCAUGUGCUGUUUAUGCAUCCCUCAUGGCCGCCGUCCGAGUUUCACGGACAAUCAUCGCCGUUGAUAUCGAAGUCCCCAGCGCGGAAAACAACGAAGUCGUGAAAGCGCUGGCAUCCCAAAUCGUUGCUUACUCCCUUCGGAACCUCCAAGGAGGCGCCAUUGCAGAGGAACUCACCGAUCCUGCGGAGCCGGUCGCUGAUCGAGCCGACGUCCCAAUUCCCGAGGUCCUCCAACACAUUGUUGGCAAUGGCUUUGGUUUUGGCGACGAAGGUGAUGAAGAAGAUGAUGAUCUUGCUCCGGAUGAAGACUACGUCAUUGGUGGUACCGGUGUGGUAAAGGCUCUAGGAGUGUGCUUGGGCGCAAGAGACCAUCAUACGCUUGGUGAUCAGUCGGCACCGCCCAGUGGCACUACAACUCCCCGACACAGGAAGUCCAGAUCUCUUGCUACUAAUACUAAGAGGCCACGAGACAUGUCAAAGAACUUGCUGGAGACAGCCCGCAAUAUCCGUACUAGGAUUCAGUCGGCUCUUGUUCGCGAGGACAAGGCUGGCAACGAAGCGAACUACAGACGCCUGCAGUUCCUUGACUUUACACUACAUCGGAUGAUCCAACGGUUCGAGGAUGAGUAUCCAGAAACGCGAGUCUUUCCACCUGUCCCCAGGGCUGUUGCGGAUAGUAGCUCUCAGCAUUCUGGGGAUUCUGCCAACGGGUCGGGUACCAAUAGUGGAGGCCAAUUUAACCUCAAUAACAUUGACAACGAAAACGCUAUUGACGAUGAAGACACGGAGAAUUAUGCAAUUGGACUGUCGCGCGCUAGCUCCAUGACAUCUCUCCACUCUCGUGCAAUGACCUCCGAAGAAGGCCACGUCCACCGACUGGGCCAGAACCUCCGCCGCGACUUCCUCAGUCCAUCUAUCGAUCAAGAAGCGGACGAUGAUGAUGAUGCCUCAGGCCUUGACGAUGAAUAUAUCGCCGCGUUGCGCGACAAAUUGGACCGUUUGCACGAAGAACAAGAGCGUUCUUCUCGUUUCUCGGAUAAGACCUUCGAGGAACUGGGUUCGACCGUGGACGAUCUCUGGACGACCCAGAGACAAGAUUCGGAGGCGUUUGAGAGGUUCAAGCAGAGCCAGAUUGCUGCUCAAAUUAACAGUGGCAGACGGAGUCGGCCUAGCACUGCUAAUACCAGCCAGGGUGAUCCUGAGCAGAAGUCUUCAUAA